CGGCACUUCCGGGUCUGGUCGCGCGGGGCGGAGGGGAGACGCUGUUGUGUGUCGUGGCCACAGCAUCCCGAGAUACAAAGAAAGACGGCGACAAUGGCCGAUAUAUCCCUGUAUCUCACCAACGUGAACGUGUCCAUAGGACGGAACGUGGACGUGGGGCAGAGUCAGAGUCCCAACCCAGUCAAGGACUUUGAGAGUGUGGAGCUGGGGGAGCUGGACAAGAGAGAUGAGCAGCAGCACAGGGAGAAGGCCCCCCGUCGGAUCAUCCAUUUCUCCAGCGGCGAGACCAUGGAGGAGUACAGCACCGACGAGGAGGAGGGAGAGGACAAGGAGCCGGAGAGGAAAGACCUGCUGUCCUCCCCGGUCAAUGCGGUGAGGGUGAGGACCGCUGGAGGGAUGGGGGAAUUAUCAAAGAUGACCUGGGGGCCUUAUUUCUGGUUCCACAUGUGGAGAGCAGCCACAUCCACCAUAUCUGCGUGUGACUACCUUGGGGAGAGGAUGGCCUCCCUGUUUGGGAUAACAUCAGCCAAAUAUCAGUACGCUAUCGAUGAAUACUACAGGAUGAAAAAAGAGAGGGAAGAAGAAAAAGAAGAAAACCGUCUCUCAGAGGAAGCUGAACGAUCCUUUGACCAGCUGCAAUGUCAGGAAGAGGAGGACGAGCCAAUCACCAUGACAGACCAGCCGGAGGUGGCCGCCUCUCCCCCUGAUGUGACCUACCAGGUCGAGAAUGAAAGUCGGGUGACCUCGGGAACCAUCAGAGUGCCUGCCAUUGUCACAGCAACCUAACCUCAAAAAGGACAUUUGCUCAUCGAUUCAUCGAUGCGAGUUUGUUUGUUAAAGAAGGAACACUGUCUUGUUUCACCAAGCUGUUUAGUUUGUGUAUGACAUGGCUUUAGAUGGGGUAGCGCUGCUGUAUUGUGGUUGGAUGGUGGGGACAGGAGGGGUGCAACAGUGCUGCAAUCAAUAAUGUAACUGCUGGAUAAUGGGGCAACAUAUUUCGAUGUCAGAGCAGUAUUAUGAACAACAUACAAUAGAAGUCAAAUAUGGUGAAGUGCUAUUUGAUCUGCAAAUGCAUAAUUUUCAUUACAUUGUUGGCCUUUAUUGAACAACAACCUUUCAUUUGUAAAGGCAUGACAUUAUCCAGCAUCUUCUACAUUAUGCAUUGCUACAGCAGAGUGAGAGUGAAGUGUUGCUCCCCUGUGCCUCAGACGGACCGGAUACUGUGCCUAAAUCACCAAUACAGCCAAGUCAGUGCCAGAUCUGAACCGAGCAUGCAUUUGAAGUAAUAACUUUUAAUUCAGUGAGUACUCUCUGCACCAGAUGACAUGUCUGUGCAGAUCUGGCCAAACUGAUGCAUCCUCGCUACACCUGGCUGCACCAAAGAGCUGGCCAUUUUAACACUCCUUCACGUGUCGAUUUGUUUACGUGUAUUUCCGUAUUAAUGCAUAUUGAGCUUGAGUUGCACUAAAUGUCUGUUGAAGCACUGAGCAGAUUUAGCCGUGGUCCAUGAAUUAUCUGUGGACCACAGGAAUUGCAUUUAAAAACACUGACAACAGGUUUAGGUGUUCUGUUCUACUCUCAUUAUCUGCCGUGUCUGCUAUUGACAUGGUCGUGGUAGGUGUGGUGUGUCAGCCUUUGAUAAUGGCAGGGAGCAAUGUGACACUGAGUCUGUAUAAAGACAUGCAAACUUACAUUUUUAACUGUUUUUAGUACACUUUUUUAUAUUUGUGUAUUUAUUUUACUGAACGGACUGAACACUUAAUUUAAGGAUUUUUGUAUUGUUUUUAAGUAACACUACAAUUAACUGUUAAUAAAAUUACUGUCUGACUUUUA